ACGACUGGCCUGAUAAUCGGAAGAUUUGUACCGGCGAGAUGAUAUCCUACAGAGCUUGAUCUGUUUUGCUGCUUGUUUACAAAGUUCUAAGAAAAUGGAUCGUAAUUCAGAUAAUUUUCGCAACCCUUUCCACCGUCCCCAUGUGCAUUUAAUGGCAGCGUCUGGUCAGCAUGCGGUGCAAGCUUCGUCUUCUAAAAGUAAAACCUUAAAAGGAAUUAUUGCAGGUGCCAUCACAGGGGGUCUAGAGAUCUGUAUCACCUUCCCAACAGAAUAUGUGAAAACCCAGCUGCAGCUAGAUGAAAAAUCUGGAGCACAAAAAAGAUACAAAGGUCCCAUUGAUUGUGUCAAGCUAACAGUGAAGGAGUAUGGGGUGCGGGGACUCUACAGGGGCCUCAGUGUGCUACUCUAUGGGUCCAUACCUAAGUCAGCUGUUAGGUUUGGUUCAUUUGAAGAAUUUAAAAAACAGAUGGUUGGUGCUAAUGGUACAUUAAAUGGCCAUCAAAGGUUGAUAUGUGGUUUAGGUGCUGGUAUUUCUGAAGCCGUGUUUGCUGUCACCCCUAUGGAAACAAUUAAAGUGAAAUUUAUCAAUGACCAGACAUCAGCCAAGCCACGCUUCAAAGGAUUUUUUCAUGGGGUCAGGUGUAUUGUCCGGGAACAAGGACUGCGAGGCUGCUAUCAAGGUGUAACGGCCACAAUGAUUAAACAAGGUACAAAUCAAGCCAUCAGAUUCUUUGUGAUGGAGACCUUGAAGGACUGGUACAGGGGAGACGACAAACAAAUGAAGGUGCCCACACUGGUCACUGGACUUUUUGGUGCUAUAGCUGGAACGGCAUCUGUCUACGGCAACACACCUGUAGAUGUGGUCAAGACUAGGAUGCAGGGUCUGGAGGCUCAUAAAUAUAAAAACACAUGGGACUGUGCUGUUCAGAUUUGGAAACAUGAAGGUCCCAGAGCAUUUUACAAAGGUACAGUUCCACGCUUGAGUAGAGUGACACUGGAUGUGGCCAUAACGUUCAUGAUCUAUGACAACUUCAUGUUCUACUUUAACAAGGUCUGGAAGACGUAGACCUCACCUGCGGCACCUGCUGGAAUUAGAAUUACUGUUAAGGUUUGACUUGCGCUGUUUAGAUGGGGUAAGGGUUUCACAUUCUGUAUCAACAAGAUCUGGAAGAUCAACCAACAUUACCAAUUGUAGUUGUUGUUUUGAAAAUUACUAGAAAUAACAGUUACUUGUGACCAUUUGUAAAUGUAGAGUUCGUAUUUAAAACAAAUAUUUAAAGCAUUAUUUUAACAUGUUAGUUUAAAUAUUAGAACAGCGCCACAUACAAUAAGGAUUUUAUUUGCAUAAUUUAUUCCACAAUAUAUAGAACUGUUUAAUCAGUUCAGUCGUUAAAAAAUUGUUUCAAUAAGUUCAAGCAAUAUUAAUAUAAAAAACAAACAACAAAUAAGUUAAAAAGACCCACUUUGACUUACUUAUGAACAUUUUAAACUAAAAGGUCUCUUUAGUUGUGUACUUGAGCAGGGGGGAGGGUUAAAUCCUAAUAGUUGUGCCAAUAAUGUUAUAUUUGCAUAAUAAGAUUGUGUUGUUUGUGAAGGUCUCUAGUGUUGAGAUUUACAUAAUGACAAACCAUUGAAAAGUUUAUCUGUGAACAAUCUCAUUUUAGUACGUCAACAGAUUUUUGUGUGUUUACAAAUACUUUACAUAUUCCAAACUAAUUUUUGAGGAAGUUUAUUUGAGGUGUCAGGGUUUGUUGAGAUCUUUAUGAGGGCACAUGUUGGAUCUAUAAGAUGUUGCAAUCAUAAUACAUACAUUAUUGUUCAUUCUUUUAGAUUUUUUUUUUUUCAUGUUUAACUUUAUCAGAGUUUAAGAUUCCAUUUCAUUACCAUUACGAUUAUAUUAUGCAUCAGAGUUUGAAAGGUUCAAUUUCACCACCUCUAACUUUAGUGAUCAGAAUUUAAAAGAUUCUAUUUCCCUACCAUUUACUAUCACCAGUCUUAAGGUUGUGCUUCCAUCCACCAAGUUUGCUGCAUGUUUCAUGUUGGGGCUGGACUUGUAUUUAAUCAGAGGUUAAUUCAACUGGUGAACAUUUAGUAUUUUGUUCAAGUCAGAAUACAACUGCCAUAGUUUUACCAAAAAAUAAUCUUGCACAAUUGUUUCAAUCACUCAUGGGGAUUUAAUGUGUUAUUUUAUUUAAAUGUCGAAAGAUUGUUUUUACUCAGAAUGUUUUUGUUAUUUCAUAUAUUUUGAAUGUAAAAUCAAACAUGAGCUUAUUUCAAUAGUUCUUAUUGCUAGAUGAUAUUUUAUGUUCUAGAGGCUGUGUUAUAUUAUUUUUGUAGGAAACCAAUGUUGAUACCAGCUUGUAAUAGCUCAACCACACUCAGGUUCAGUAUUGUUGAUGGUGUCUGGUAUUAUUUAUGUCUUCUGUGUUUUUGUAACAGCAGUGAAUGGUAUUAUUUCUUUCAUGAUUUGUUUUUGUCGAAUAGUUUUACAUUUUCAUUAUAUUUAUUUUAAUUUUAAAAAUUUAUGUUUGCACAUAAUUUGACAAAACUACAUACAAAUUCUUCGAGUUUUUAAUUUCAAAUAUUUUUUUUUUCCAUUUUACUUGAUCCAAAGAUAUUCAUUGUAAUCAAAUUUUGUGUUCAUCUCAAAACUAUGUAAAUGCAGCUUCAAAAUAAUAUCUUAUUCCAUUCCAUGCUAAAUUGCAAUUUUACAUUUAGAUAUACUCAACAUUAAAUUUCAUAAGUUUAUUAGUUGAUUCAUAUAUACUAUUAUAAUAUUUAUGGGCAUAUUUUCCGACAACAAUAUAAAUAUGAAAUUUUGCGCUAUGUAAGUUAUCCAAGUGAGGAAACACUACUGCAACACUUGAUGUGCAUUCCUGUAUGUAGACACUUAUAUACUUGUAUCUCAUGUAUCUUCUUAUGUUAUCUAAAUUUGAUUUAUGUGUUUGAAAAGUUGAUGUUUGAUGCAGGCAUUUGAUGAAAAUGUCAGUAUAAUACUGUUUAAAUUUUUAUCACAUUCAGAACUGGGUUGAUUUGUGUUCAGUUUUUGAAACAUUUUUUGCACAUAUAAUUAUUAUAAAAAUAACUCUGGAAAUUGUCUCUUAGACAUUUUAAAAAGUCAAGUUCUAUCUUAUUCUACUGGGUUUUUUCUGUGAUAAGUUUAUUCAAUUUUUUUUUAAAACUAGUUUGUAUGAUGAAAUUCUAGAGUAAAAUUGUAUGUAUAAAUUUAUAUUAGGUGAGCUGAAGUGUUUUAGGUACAUCUAUUGUUGUAGAAUGUGGGAUUAUAGCCUAGUUUGGGGUGUGGUUUUACCUAGCAGUCUUUAUGUGGGGUUAUUGCCUAGGCAUGUGUGUGGUUAUUGCCUAGCAAUAUCUAGUUAUAGCAUAGGCGUGUGUGUAGUUAGAGAAUAGAAGUUUGUGUGGUUACAGCAUAGCAGUGUGUGUGUGUGUGUGUGUAGUUCUAGCCUAGCAGCGUGUAUGUAUAAGUAGAGUCAUUGCCUCUUUGUUAAUUUAGAGUUCAUGUUGAUGUCAUUGUUUAGACAAAUUAAUGUUUACUUUACAUCUUUUUUACGUGGAUAUUUUCUCUAUGGUUUCAUUAAACUAAAUACAAAAA